AUGGUGACAUGCCCCUCCUCCUGUAUUAGAGGCUGGGGGCCCCCUGAGGACCCCCUUAUGCCCCUGCUGACCGGGAUGGAGUGCCAUCUGUACGAGCUGGACCCCCUGGAGGUGCCCCCGCUCACCCCCACCAGUAAAGAGGUCCUGAGCCAGGCGGUGCGAGCCAGUUUUGCCGGCUUCACCCAGGAGCGACUGAAGCUGCAUCUGCCUCAAGACCCUAUGAUGUGGUCUGAGUGGGAGCUGAACCAUUGGCUGGACUGGUGUCAGGCUGAGUUCGGGCUCCCGUGUGUGGGGGCCGAACUGCGCGGGCUUCAGGGGCCCGAGCUGUGUGCCCUGGACCGGGACACGUUCCUCAGCCUCACCAUGGACUGCACCAGCGGCGAGAUCCUGUGGGAGCACCUGGACUCCAUGAGGAAAGAAAACGAGUAUGUGAGCGCUUUGUCGUACCACGCCAACACCGUAUACUACCAAACAUCACCCAACAAAGAAAACUACUGCGACUACGAGCGUCCGAACAAACCAUACCAAGUCCCGUACUGUCCCCUGGAGUUUUCUGAACUGCGGACUCUGGAUCCCGCUGGUCUCCCGUCGCAGGACAAUCAGCCGGUGAAGCGAGAGCUGCUGUCUGCGCCGCUGCAAAAUGUGGCUGAAAUAAUAGAUAUGGAGUCAGAAGGCGCUGCUCAUUGCGACGUGGAGGACAUAGUGGUGGGUCCUUUGUCCUGGUCGGGACAAGUGCACGAUUCAGAGGAGUCCGUCGAGGAGGAAAACGUCUUUGAGCAAAUGUUUAACGUCCUUCGACCGCACCGGAGUUUCAAAGAAUACAUCGGAAACAAGACGGAGAUGGGACGAGCCGUGAUCCCAGCGGCGAUUCUGGCCGGAUACACAGGGAGUGGCCCCAUUCAGCUGUGGCAGUUUCUCCUGGAGCUUCUGACCGACCGCACGUGUCAGUCCUGCAUCAGCUGGACCGGAGACGGCUGGGAGUUCAAGCUGACCGACCCGGACGAGGUGGCGUUGCUGUGGGGACGCAGGAAGAACAAACCCAAGAUGAACUACGAGAAGCUGAGCCGCGGCCUCCGCUACUACUACGACAAGAACAUUAUCCGCAAGACGGCCGGGAAGCGCUACGUCUACCGCUUUGUGUGCAACCUGCAAGGGCUGCUGGGAUACGAGCCUGGAGAGCUGCACGCCAUGUUGGACAUCAGCUCCAAGAGCCACUGA